AUGGUAUUCGCGCGAUGGAUAAUCCUCACAGAGGAGGUCACAACUAGAUGCAUGUUACGAGCCCUGGCUGUGUGGCGUGUGGCGUGUGGCGUGUGGCGCACGGAGGCGAGCGGUCGGCCGCUCCUCCGGGGCAGUUAUCACGGCAUUAAAAAUGGUUUGAAGAGUCCAAGGGUAGAAAUGCUGGAGCAACUGGAACUGGAACAACAGGUGAAC